AAACCUUCCUGACUCUGCUGUAUGGACGGUCUCCCAUAAAUUUGACUGCCCCCGCAGCAGCCUAUGCCCACGAGUUUGUUUCCGCCGCAGCAGCUAACGCAGGUGAGACCGAUUUCGUCUGGCCUAGCUGCUUUGCGCACCCUAUAUAUUCCGCUGCCCGGGGGCCAACCCAACCCAAGUCACGCAUCUGGUUCCGGCGCUUCGGUCCAACUCACGCCAAAGGCGACGUCGACACGUUCCGCGACAGAGCUAGAGCUAGAUCCAUGUCCAUGGAGGAAGUUGCGCCAGCGGCGGCCAUGGAGAGGGAGCGCCUCACGGCCGAGAUGUCCUUCCGUGGGGACGACGCCCAGGGCGCCGAGCGGGCGCCCAGCAUCAUCAUCAAGAUCCGGCGCCGGCUCCCUGACUUCGCCAAGUCCGUCAACCUCAAGUACGUGAAGCUCGGGAUCCGGCACGGCGGCGGCAGCCCCACGUCGUACCUGCCGAUGCUGUGCGUCCCCGUGCUCGCGUCCGCCGCCUACUCCUUCCUCCGCCUCGACGUCAUCUACUACUCCAUCGACCUGCUCACCUGCGUCGCGUGCCUCGGCACGGCCAUGCUCCUCCUCACCGUCUACUACUUCAAGCGGCCCCGCCCCGUGUACCUGGUGGAGUUCGCGUGCUACAAGCCCGAGGACGAGCACAAGAUCUCCAAGGAGUCCUUCCUGGAGAUGACCGAGAGCACGGGGUGCUUCAAUGACAAGGCACUGGAUUUCCAGACCAAGAUCACCAACCGCUCCGCCCUCGGCGACGAGACGUACCUGCCCCCCGGUGUCCAGGCGCGGCCGCCCAAGCUCAACAUGGCCGAGGCGCGGCUGGAGGCCGAGGCGGUCAUGUUUGGCUGCCUGGACGCUCUGUUCAAGGCCACCGGGAUCAACCCGCGCCGGGACGUGCGCGUCCUCAUCGUCAACUGUAGCCUCUUCAACCCGACGCCGUCGCUGGCGUCCAUGAUCAUCCACCAUUACCGGAUGCGGGAGGACGUCAAGUCGUUCAACCUCGGGGGCAUGGGCUGCAGCGCCGGCCUCAUUGCCAUCGACCUCGCCAAGGACAUGCUCCAGGCCAACCCAAACUCGUACGCGGUCGUCCUCAGCACCGAGAACAUCACCCUCAACUGGUACUUCGGCAACGACCGCUCCAUGCUGCUCUCCAACUGCAUCUUCCGCAUGGGCGGCGCCGCGGCCCUGCUCUCGAACCGCCGCGCCGACGCCGGGCGCGCCAAGUACCGCCUGCUCCACACGGUGCGGACGCACAAGGGCGCCACGGACGAGUGCUUCAACUGCGUGUACCAGCGCGAGGACGACAAGGGCAAGGUGGGCGUGUCCCUGGCGCGGGAGCUCAUGACCGUGGCCGGCGACGCGCUCAAGACGAACAUCACCACCCUGGGGCCCCUCGUCCUCCCUCUCGCCGAGCAGUUCAAGUUCCUCAAGUCCCUCAUGAUGCGCCGCGUGUUCCGGGCCAGGGGCGUGCGCCCUUACAUCCCAAACUUCAGGCGCGCGUUCGAGCACUUCUGCGUGCACGCCGGCGGGCGAGCCGUGCUGGAGGAGGUGCAGAAGAACCUGGGCCUGGAGGACAAGGACAUGGAGCCCAGCAAGUGCACGUUGCAUCGCUUCGGCAACACCAGCAGCAGCUCGCUGUGGUACGAGCUUGCCUACGCCGAGGCCAAGGGCCGGGUGCGGCGGGGCAACCGCGUGUGGCAGAUCGGCUUCGGCUCAGGGUUCAAGUGCAACAGCGCUGUCUGGCGCGCGCUCCGCGACGUGCCGGCCGUGUCGCCAGACGCCGCCGACGCCGCGGGACAGGACGGCAGUGGCGCCGCGCAGAGCUGCAACCCGUGGGUGGACUGCGUCGCCAAGUACCCGCCCAAGGCGUUCGUCUGAUGGUUACGCCGCGUCACUUAAAUUUACACACGAACAAUUAUUUACAUGAUUCUUUUCUCCUCACGGUAAACAAACAGGUACAGUGGGGAGUUUAUAUGUAUACUCGUAUGUAUUUCCUUUCUGUAGGUAGCUGCAAACAGUGCUAGUUUUUGGAAUUCUCGGUCAAAAUUCCAUAAGCAAGCGGUGCCAUUGUACGCAGCUUUUGUUGAUCAAGUGUGAAUUACAAAACGAUAAUACUAGUGUGAGUUUUCAAGAUACAUGGAUUUUUUUUUUA